AUGAACAACAAAGAGAAUGUUUCAACGGAGAAAAAUGACUGGAUAGACAGAAUUAAGGAUGUUGAGCGACAGAAAAAAUGCUUCAAGGAUAAGCAAGAUGUUUUUCAGGAGAUCAUGUUCGAAUUCUUGCGGUCGAAGACCAUCGACAAGAAUGACAAAGAUAUGCUGACAUUCUUUACCGACAGAAUUCGCUACAUCAGCGCUCCGAAGAAGUUCUACGAGCUGAUGUGUUCAAACGACAUUUUCACCGAGUGUGCGCGAUUCUGGAUUCUUUGGUCGUUGCUAUCUGAUGACACUCAUUUCUGGAGCAAGGAAAAUAACAUUACCUCCUUGGGUACGGCGCAUGAAGAUCAGAAAAUCGUCAAAAUGUACCAAGAAAAGAAAAUCACGAGCUUCACCGGUGAGGAAAUCUCGUCGAUAGAAGAGCUGAAAGCAAAGAAAUGGGCAGAUCAGCGUGAGGCAAAUGCGUUGCAGCUCAAAAUCGCCGAGUUGGAAAAUCAGUUGAUUCGAAAGAAUCAACAAGAAAGACAAUCUCUUCCAUCGCCAACGGUUCCUCCUCCACAGAAUGAUCGCCCAAAACAAGCGGAUUCUCUUUUAUCGAAAGACUCGUUCAACAUUGAGACACCGGCGAUCCCGAAGAUUCACGAGACAUGCUCCGGCGGCGGUUUCACCGAGAAUCUCUCUCAGCCUAUCAAUCUUCCAUCACAGGAAUCGAUUCAGAAGCGACUUGAACAGCCCUCUUCGUCUACUGAGUUCACCCAGCCGACGAUAUCGGAUGCGUCGAGUUUGCUGACCCCUCUUCAAAAGAAACCGAAACAAAAGCUAGAGAUCUUCCAGGAGGAAGACACCCUUGUCUUCAACAGCCAAGCUCCUCAGGCAACACAAGAGAUCUCACAAGCGCUGUCCUGUCUUACACCUGUCCAAAAGCCCAACCGAAAUCCGAUUCAAAUCUUCGAAACGACUGGCACGGAAGCACUCACACCAGUUUCGAAGCCUAUUCCAAAGCCAUUCGCGGACGAUUCCUCAAUUGAUCUAGGUCCAAAGACGCUGGACAAAACAAAAGGAACCCAGCCUAUGACGACUCCGAUAAACCUCCGACAAGGAAAAAAUAUCGGACUCACUCCUCAGCAGCAAAAUCCUCAAAUGUCUGGCUUUACGGAACAAUUACGCACUGAUUGCCCAUCGUUGAGCUUUACUCCCACCAGGCAAGGCGAAGAAUUCAAGAAGCCAACUCAAACAUUCAAUCUUGAGAAGACGCCAGAACGGUCAGAUGCUCUGAAACGCGAUUCGAGACAUUUAACUCCUCUUGGCAAUCGCUUCCGUCCAGAACAGCCAACUUCUGUCGGUAGCGAUACUCGACCGCCAAUCACCCCAACUGGAAUAGUCAACAAUGUCAACGAGAUGGUGAAUAACUUCUUUGCCCCGACAAUGGCACUGACGCCUAACAACAAAAGAAGAUCCGUAAAGAUUCAAAGGAAACAAAGCACAAAUGACUUCAUGAACAUGUUCACUAACCCGUUAGGAGGCACAACAACAGAUGAUGACACUCCAGAGCCGGAGCGUCUACCUGCUGUUCAAAAGAAAAAAAUCUCGGUUCCGAAAUUCGACGAUGAUACACUUGCAAUCAUGAAUUCCCCAGGGGUUAAUCAGAAUGCAGCAGCCAUGCUUGAAGCCUUCGACCAGUCGCUCAAUAAGACAGAAGGCGUGAUGUCAGAAACUCAGCGAAUCAAAAGCGAGCAAGAAAUGACCUUCGGCUUCGCAAAAGUUGACCCGACAAUUAUCAUGUUCGCUGGAAAGACGACUGAUUUCAACAGUAUGAAGACAGGUGUCUUCGAGCCGCCCAGUGCUUCAACAAGAUGCGUCAGACUUUCGAGGAGUGUUGCUGAGGCUAAAGGGCCUUUGAAUCCAUGGAGUAAGCAAUUCGUUGACAUGCAAAUGGACGAGAUGGACAUCGCAAUCGAUUCCAAGGAAUCAAAAUUUCUGCCGAAAAUGCCUGUCCACGUUCAGGGACACGAGUUCAAGCAUCAGGAAAUGGUCGGUGAAGGCAACUUUGCGAAAGUAUACAGAUACGAAAGUGCAACAGGAGGUGAUGUCGCCGUGAAGGUCCAAAAGGAAUCCGAGCCGUGGGAGUAUGCGAUUCUUGCUGAAGUGCAGGACCUGUUGAAGGGAACGCCGGCAGAGGAGAGCAUUCUGAAGCUUAUUCAUUUCACCAAGUAUCCUAAUUGCGGUGUAAUGGUAACUCCCUACUACGUCAACGGCACACUUUUGAGUCUCUGUGGCCAGGCAAAACCGCUUCUAUCGACUCGAGCUGUUUCUAUGAAGCCCUUCAUUUUAUUCUUCGCCGCCCAGCUAACUGCGCUUCUUGUUGAGCUUCACGGGAAAGACAUCAUUCACGGCGAUUUCAAGCCGGACAACGUCAUGCUUCUCCCGAUCGACGAUUUCGAAAGCGCUUUUGGUGAAAAUAAAAACAUCCAGGGCGUUUGCUUGAUCGAUUGGGGCCGUUCCAUCAACUGCGGUGUCUACAGCGGAGCUUUCAAGGGAAAAUGCUACACCAGUGGCUUCAUGUGUGCUCAAAUGGUCAAGAACGAGCCUUGGCGAUUCCAAGUCGACCUCUAUGCACUGGCGAUGUCGCUUUACAUCGUCAUGUUCGGGGAUUACGCGAAUGUUGACCACGACCCUAUUUUAACAAAAAGCAAAUUGAGCACGUUAACGAUUCCUCGACACUUCGACCGCCGGGUCUGGCCGGAGAUCUUCAACAGCUUGAUGAAUUACGACUCGUUGGAAAAUCCAGUCGACCUUCUCCAAGAAAAGCGAGACUACUUCGCGAACGAGUAUAACGCGCUCUCUCCACGAGAAAAGGAGAACUUCAAGGAUCACUACCUCCGUCACCUUGAAAACUCCGCUUAA